AUGAUGAUCAGAAUUCUCAGCCAUCAAUCCAGAUCAUGUUGUAAAAAUGUUCUGUCAGUGAAGCUGUAUACUUCAGGUGAACCAAAGAGAGAUGUUUCGGAUAUGGCAAAGAGCAUAUGUAAAGUGAUGAUGUCGUCUCCACCAGCUGUUCUUGACACGGCUUUGGAUCAAAUCGGUCUUAGGGUUUCGCCUGAAGUAGUCGAGACUGUUCUGCAGAGAUUCAGGAAUGCUGGUUUGUUGGCAUACAGAUUCUUCCAGUGGGCCGAGAAGCAACGGAGUUACGAGCAUAGUGUUAGGUCCUACCACAUGAUGAUCGAGUCUACUGCCAAGAUUAGGCAGUAUAAGAUCAUGUGGGACCUCGUGAACUCCAUGAGAAAAAAGACGAUGCUAAAUGUCGAGACUUUUUGUAUCAUCAUGAGGAAGUAUGCCAGAGCACAGAAAUUGGACGAGGCGAUUUACGCGUUCAAUGUAAUGGAGAAGUAUGAUGUGCCUCCGAAUCUUGUGGCAUUCAAUGGGUUACUGAGUGCUUUGUGUAAAUCCAAGAACGUGAGGAAAGCUCAGGAGAUAUUCGACAACAUGAGGGAUAGGUUUACUCCAGACUCCAAAACUUAUAGCAUAUUGAUUGAAGGAUGGGGGAAAGCUCCGAAUCUGCCAAAGGCAAGGGAGGUUUUCCGAGAGAUGAUUGAUACGGGUUGUGACCCGGAUGUAGUGACGUAUAGUAUAAUGGUUGAUGUUCUUUGCAAGGCUGGUAGAGUUGAUGAAGCCCUUGGCAUUGUAAGAGGAAUGAAUCAAAGCAAAUGUGAGCCAAACUCCUUUAUAUAUAGUGUUCUUGUGCAUACUUAUGGAACUGAGAACCGGCUUGAAGAUGCUGUUGAUACGUUUCUCGAAAUGGAAAGAAGUGGAAUCAAAGCUGAUGUACCGAUGUAUAAUGCCUUGAUUGGUGCCUUUUGCAAAGCUAACAGGAUGAAGAAUGUUUACAGGGUUAUGAACGAGAUGGAAAGAAAAGGUGUGUCACCAAAUUCCAAGACUUGUAACAUCAUUCUAAGCCAUCUAAUGGGUAUCGGGGAUACAGAAGAAGUAAAAGGCGUUUUCCAAAAGAUGAUCAAACUGUGUGAGCCUGAUUCAGACACUUACACGAUGAUGAUAAAGAUGUUCUGCGAGCAGAAGGAGAUGGGGUUGGCGAGUAAGGUGUGGAAGUACAUGAGAACGAAAGGCGUUUUCCCGAGUAUGCACACUUUCUCUGUUCUUAUAAACGGGUUUUGUGAAGAGGGUAACACUAGGAAAGCUUGUGUUUUGUUGGAAGAGAUGAUCCAAAUGGGGAUAAGGCCUUCGGGUGGGACGUUCGGAAGAAUAAGGCAACUGCUCAUCAAAGAAGGUAGAGAAGAUGUGCUCAAUUUUCUUAAUGAAAAGAUGAACCUACUGCUCAAGGAACCUCUCUGUGAUUGAAAAACCUUUUGUGUUAAUA